AUGGAGGAGCGACUGUGUGCCUUGCAAGGUUACGAGCUGAAAGGAGCUGAUAGGCUGUCUCUAUACACCAAGACUAACUUCCCUGAGAACUUCCAAGAGCCUGAGUUCACAAGAAAAUAUGACGGAACGGGAUGUCCCAAGACCCACCUCAGAUAUUACAUGAGGAAAAUGGCUCGCUACGCUGACAACGUGCCAUUUCUCAUACACACGUUUCAAGAUAGCUUGGAAGGCAUUGCCCUGACGUGGUUCAUUGCGCUGGACAUUGAAGAAUUCACUAGUUGGGAAGAUUUGACCAACGAGUUCUUACAGCAAUACCGGUUUAAUACCGAGCUCGCCCUUACGAGAGAAGAAUUGACCCGCGUUGAGAAGAAAAGAAAUGAGUCAUUUAAAGCUUUUGCGCAAAGGUGGAGAACCAUGGCCUCACAAGUGAAGCCAGCUUUGAAUGAGAGGGAGAUGAAGCAACUAUUCCUCAAGACAUUACCCCCCGAAUACUUCCAAGGAUUAGUAUUUUCGGGAUGCCAAACCUUUUCACAGCUGGUAGAUGUAGGUGAAGGAGUUGAGUGGGCACUCAUCGAAGGGAGGAUAUCCACCGGAGGCACGAAGAAAUUCCAGGUGAGAAAAGAUAAGGAAGCUGCAGUUGAGGUAGCGCUCGUGCAAGAGUCAUUUUACCCUAAGUCGCCCACAGCACCUGCGCACAAACCUAUGGCCGUUCAAGGGAGCUCAUCACGAGCAUAUGACAAAGGCAAGAGACCCUUUCGAAAGGAAUUUUCCCCACUGCCACGACCAUUGUCAAAGCUGUUGCCUAUGCUUCUUGAAAAGAGGAUGGUUGCGAAGGAAGUACCUAGGGACAACCCCACGAGGUUCGCCGGGUUUGAUGUGACCAAGACCUGCGAGUACCACAUGGGAGAAAUGGGGCAUGAUGUAGAUAGUUGCAAUGUGCUAAGGUACAAAGUCCAACAGUUACUGGACAAAAACAUUUUGACAUUUAAGGAAGCUCAGCCUAAUGUGCAACAGAACCCCCUACCGGACCAUGCGGAGGGAGUGAACUCAAUCUUUGAGGAGACACAGGCAAGUCAACAGCCUCUAGUUGCGAAUGCUUCCAAGUUGUAUGAGUCCUUAGUGUUGGCAGGAUACUAUGGAGGUCAUCAGGAUGUCACCCCGAAAGAGAAACUGAACCGCGUCCGCAGAAUGGUAGCCAUGGGGGUAAUUCGAUGCGGAGAAGAGGAAGAGAAUGUCGUAUCCAUGAUAAUCCCGUCAUCAUUCCACUCAUCUUUUUGCAACAUUGCUCGUAUAUCUCGAGCGAAGAAGAUUAUGCCUGGAAUUUCGAAGACCCCGGCUUUGUACGAGGAAGGGAUGGUAGCUAUGAUAACUCCGAUGGUGAUUGAACUAUCGAAUGAGGAGACUACCGGCGAUAUCGAGAUGGAAAUCGCUGAACCCACGAUGAUUGACCUUAUAGUCGAGGAAAUGUCAGCAAUCGAAGUCACGGGAGGGAAUAUCUUUAUCACACGAUCGGGCCGUUAUGCACCCGAUAAAGGAAUAGAAAAGAAGGUCGUGACUAAGGAGGAAGCGAAGCAAUUCUUGGCCAUAGUAAAAUCUAGCGAGUUCAAUGUGGUAGAUCAAGCUGCGGAAGUUGCCAGCCCAAAUCUCCCUCCUAGAGUUGUUGAAAUCCUCCAGAAGCACGGGGACAUCUUGUUGAAGGUCCUCAAUGAGGUACACGUACCCGAAACAAUCGAUGAAGUCCAAUUGGAAGAGUUUGUCGGAGCAGUUCUACUGAAAGACCAGAUUUCCUUUACGGAUGAGGAUCUCCCUCCCGAUGGUCCUAAUCAUACCAAAGCACUACACAUCUCGGCGAAGCAUGAGAGCACUCUUGUUUGUAGAGUGUUGAUCGAUAAUGGUUCGGCACUUAAUAUAUGCCCGUUGGCUACCCUCCAUCGUCUAGGCAUUGAUCUUGGGAGAAUCCGUACUGGCAAGUCAACUGUGCGGGCCUUUGACGGGAUGAAGAAGGAAGUGAUAGGGGAAAUUGAGCUUGAGUUGUUGAUUGGCCCCGUACUCUUCCAAAUCGUGUUCCAAGUGUUAGAUAUACCAAGCGCUUUUAAUUUUCUGCUAGGGAGGCCAUGGAUCCACACGGCAGGCGCUGUUGCCUCUAGCCUCCAUCAAAAGGUACGAUUUGUGGUGGAUAACAGGCUUAUCACGGUCCAUGGAGAAUCUGACUUCAAGAUCUACCACGAGACGACCAUCCCAUAUGUGGAGCCUGAGUGUACCGAGGAAUCCAGCUUUCAAACCUUCGAGCUGGUAUCCAUGGUCCACGUGCUUGCAGGGUCUUUCACAAAGGUUCCUGAAUUGUCUAAGCCAACCAUAGCUGCGGGAAAGAUUAUGCUAGCAAGUGGGUAUAAUCCUGGAGAGGGCCUUGGAUCACACGGUCAAGGUGUACGAAAACCCAUCGAAGCUCGUAAAAACUUCAAAAGAAGAGGCUUGGGAUAUGUCGAGAAGUGGGGAGGCCAUAACAACCAAGGAGAGGAUGAGCGCUAUCAAAGCCCGUUUUCCCCGUUGCUGGAGGAGACGUUUCCAGGACCCCCAAGGAUGUUGUUCGAGGAAGAGGAGGAUAUCCAUGGUGUGACCGAGCUAUUUAAGGAGGACGUCAUAUGCACCAUCCUGGCGUGCGAGGAAGCCGAGUCCUCUGAAGUCAUGGCUAUCCCUCCAAAGUAG